AUGGACUCGCUCAUUCUUGGAAUGAUGGAACUUGAUCACAGUAAUGAUGAAUGUGAUAGUGGUUCUUACCAAGCAAAACUUUCAGUCGGCGAAGAACAUUUACUAAGAACAAAUGAGACUGAAACUAACUCUUCCAAAUAUAAACUUACCAACGAAUCUAUAACAUCCAUUGAAUGUCCUUCUGAAUCAAUGCAUUGUAUCCAUUGCAAUGCAAUUUUUACUAACAAAAACGAUUUACAUGAACAUGAAUUAAAUCACAAUGCACAUCAAAUAUCAUGUCAUAUAUGUCAUAAAAUAUUUGCCAAUACCUAUCGUCUUCAACGUCAUAUGUUAAGUCAUGAAGUAGAUCCUCAAACACGUAAAUUUCAAUGUUCACAAUGCCCAAAAGCAUUUAAAUUUAAACAUCAUCUAAAAGAACAUAUUCGGAUUCAUACUGGUGAAAAACCAUUUGUUUGUUUGAAUUGUAAUAAGCGUUUUUCUCAUUCUGGCUCAUAUUCAUCGCAUAUGGCAUCAAAAAAAUGUUUUAUACAUAAUCCUGAAAUAGAAGAAGGUGAAAUAUUACCUAUAAAAUCUGAACAAGCUCAAUUUGAUGAUCUAUCGAAAUGCUUUGCUAUCAACGAACAAUACAUUCAAUAUUAUUUUCAUAUUUUACAAAAUACAGUUUUACAAACGGAACCAUUAGAUUUAUCAAUAAAAAAGUCCGGUGAAUCUCAUUUAGACGAAAAUGAUUUAAUGGAAUCGUUAAGUCCAAAUAGUUCAUCGGAAAUAAGUCUUCUAUCACCUGACGAUUUAUUAAAUAAUAAACGUUUAUCAUGUGAUAUAUGUGAUAAAUCAUUUAAUAAACAAAGUUCAUUAGCACGUCAUAAAUAUGAGCAUUCAGGUGUUCGACCAUUUAUUUGUGAUAUUUGUAAAAAAGCAUUUAAACAUAAACAUCAUCUUGCAGAGCAUCGCCGAUUACAUACAGGUGAAAAACCAUUUCAAUGUACGAAAUGUUUCAAACGUUUUAGUCAUUCAGGAUCAUUCAGUCAACAUAUGAAUCAUCGAUACAAAUAUUGUCGUCCGUAUCAGACAGAAAUGGAUAAUAAAUUAAAUGAAUGUUCCAAUCAAGAAACUAUAAUAGAUUAA